GCGCCCGUCGUGACAGUGACACACAAAGCAUGCCCGAUUUCCGCAAUGAUAGGUACAAUGGYCAUGAUGAGGACUAUGCAGAAGCAGAAGCUCAGCGAUACAAAAUGAUGCGAAAGAACAAGCGCCUGCUCUCUGUUCAUCCCAUGGACUUGGAUGUGGAUAUAGAAGAGUAUUUUCCACCCCACUCUCGCACUCACUCUCGUCGACAAUCCUACCAGCAGAUCCAGGAGGAGCGAAGCGGUGGUCACCGGGGUGACACGGAGUACAUGGACUCCAUGCAGCAACAACAACAYCGCAUGAACCGUAGGAAGAGCCUGGAUAGGUACAACAUGCGCCCUGAUGAUGGGCAGUAUGGGAUGGUGCGUGCCCGCUCCCUGUCCAAGAUCAGCUCCUCUAUGAACCGCCAGCACUAUGUGGACACGUCAGAAGAGGAGGAGGGAGGGCGCAACACCAUGUACCAGACCCCCUAUCGCCGACGCCCUUCCUACAGCCGAGUUGGCUCUCACGAGAACCUGCAGGUCCACAACACAGCACCGGUGUACAUGACCUCAGGGAAGUCUUUUGACCUGGAGAAGAAGCUGAGGCAUCUGGAGCAGAGUGCCCCGAACCGCUUCGGAGGGGCCACAGACUCGGAGCUCUCUGGACCUGGAGGACGUGGUGGCCCUUGA